AGAGCGGCACUGUCAAUAUUUAUCCGUUUACAUUCACACAUUGCAAAAAAAAAAAAAACAUUAUCUGUUGAACUUAAUGAAAGCAGCAAAAUGAAACCAAACAAAGAAGUUUUCAUUAAACAAAUGCCAAAAGUGGAAUUGCAUGCACAUAUCAAUGGAUCUUUCUCAAAUGAAACACUUGAAAAACUCAGCCAACUAAAACACGGUACCAGCGCUAAAGACACGGAAAAAUAUAAUUUGUUCACAAAAUUGGAUUUACAUGAUGGUUUUGAAAAGUUUAAAUAUGCACACGAACUAACCGAUACACCAGAAGCAGUUGCUCUAGGUACCGAAUGUGUGAUUCGUGAUUUCAAUGAUGAUAAUGUGGUGUAUUUGGAAUUGCGAUCAACGCCACGUGCCACGCCGAAAAUGACCAAGGAGCAAUACGUAAUGGCCGUUAUCGAUACAAUUAUAAAAAUGAAAACGGAAUUGCCAUCAAUAAUGGUGAAAUUAAUUGUGUCGAUAAAUCGACGAGAGAGCAUCGAAUCAGCCGAAGAAAAUGGUGCAUUGGCACUAAAAUACGCAAAAUUAUAUCCGGACAUUGUUUGUGGUGUUGAUUUGAGCGGUGAUCCGGCAUGUAAAGAAUUUUCCGAUUUUGAACCGAUUCUGAAUAAAGCCAGAGAAAACGGUUUGAAAUUGGCAUUGCAUUGUGGCGAAAUUGAAAAUCAAGUUGAAAUUAGUUCAAUGUUGAAAUUUGGAAUGAAUAGACUCGGACAUGGGACAUAUAUUAAAGGUGAUAAUGAGGAAACGCUACUUAAAAACAAUGAUAUCGCUUUAGAAUGCUGUUUGACAAGCAAUUUGCUGUGCGGCGUAGUUAAAACUUAUUCUGAUCAUCAUUUUCGGCGUUUUUAUAAGAAUGGCCACCCAGUUGUGAUAUGUACGGACGAUUUUGGAGUGUUCAGCACGACGUUGUCAACGGAACUUCAUAUCGCCAGUGAUACGUUUAGCUUAAGUUCAGACGAUUUGAUCAAAUUAAGUCGCAUGGCCAUUCACUGUUCCUUUGCCUCUCAUGAUGAGAAACAAUUGAUCCAUGGAAAAAUUGAUGCAUAUGCAAAAUCUGCCGUAGGUUUUAAGGUCAAAAUUCACUAAGAAAGAAGGAUAAAUGUAUCGUUUUGAAUAGAAGUGACUUCUUAUCAAUGCACUUUGCUGUCAAUAGAGAUCGCUUUUAUUCUGAACAAUACAAAUAAUCACAAUGAAAUCAAUAAAAAAGAAGAAAAGAAAUACCAUCAAAUCAAUUGCUUUU